AUGUCUAUAGCAUUUAUAUCCAAUGUAAUUUUUAACAGCUGUAUCAUAAUACAUUCAAUGAAAAAAACCUAUCACUCUGCUCAUUAUAAAAGAAUUGACUUAUCAAAAAGUGUGAAGCCAGGCAACGUUAUCGUUAACACUGAUUUUUCAUCAGCAAAACUGUUUCUAAAAAUUGGAAACCCCAAAUAUAAAAAGCUAAUAAUUCCAGGAUACUUGCAUUCCCCAAGAAAAUCAUUGCCGCUUGAAUCAAAGAUUGAAACUGAGGAGCCUCCUCAAGAACCAUCUCCUAUCCCAAACCAAUACUCAGAUAUUGAGCAAAUUAAAAAUGCAAUCUUUUCUCCUCCAAAUCCAUCACCUACAAUUCGGUCAUUUUCACAGAGAUCGAACUAUGUCCCUACUUUAAAUCUUGGAAACCCAAAUCAUGAAGGACGUCUCAGCUUAGGCUCAAUUAAAAGUGGCCAUAAUGAAUCAGAAAUGGGAAGCAUUGAGCAGAUACAUGCAUCAAGCAUUGAUAGAUAUGAAAGAAUUUAUGAAAGAAGCCACACACGGUUGGAAAACGAUAGAGAUAAAUAUAUAAAUAUCAAACAGAAAUAUGAAGAGCUUCUUGAGCAUUAUACUCAAAGCAAAUUUUACUAUGAAGAAGAGAUAAGGAGGCUUAAUCUUGAAAUAAAAAAACUAAAAUUGGAAAGUUUUCAUAAAUACAGAAAGUCAGAUUCAGAUGAAAAUAAAAUUCUGAAAGAGCUUCAAGAAAUAAAAUCAAAGUUGUGUUUAAAAUCAAAAAUAAUUUAA